AUACCUUUCUCCUCCUGCAGAAGGAUCAGUGUCAUUUGCCAUCAUGAGAGCUAUUUUUCUGUUGUGUCUGCUGAAAGCAGUUUUUGGUCAGGGUCAAAAUUUCGGCUGGAAUGGACCUGCCGCCACACAACCCACUGCAGAUCCUAAUCUAAACAAAAUCUGCAGUAACGACCAAGCGGCGUGUGGCUGCUGUCUGAUGCAGAAGCAGAUGGCGAGGAUGGAGCAGUUCUUUAACAUGACAACCACAGAAAUGAGCCAGCAGCUCAUGAACUCUAAGAUGACCCUCAACAACAUCAAAAACAACCGCAGCGCCUUCUCCGUCGCCCUGAACAACGAGAAAACUUUGACCUGCUUCGGCCCCACAGCCGAUGACAAACGGGUCCCCUACAAGCACAUCUUCCUCAACCUGGGAGACAGCUACAACGCUCUGACCGGCAUCUUCACCGCUCCCAGCUCGGGUGUCUACAGCCUGGCGGCCACCGUCUACAGCCUGUCUCCUGUUGACCUGCCCCAGGCCACCUGCGCCCAGCUGCAGGUGAACGGCGUGGCCGUGGCUACCCUCGUUGAGAAGAACGGACUGGACAGCGAGGACAGCAGCACCGUCGUGAUCGCCAGGCACCUGAAGGCCGGCGACCAGGUGUCUGUCCUCCUGCUGAAAGGAUGCAACAUCUGCGACGACGCCACCCACUAUAACACGUUCACCGGUUUCCUGCUGUAUGCUGCUGAGACGGCGUAGCUGCCUCUGGCGUAAACUCGGCUAGAUGACGUCUGUUCGGUUUAACAGUCAUGAGUUCAAUGCCUUGAUCCGUUGUGCUCAGUCUGUAUGCCGUGCACAUAAAUUGUUAGCAUCGUGUCGACUGAAGAGUAAAUAUGAACAAAUAACGUAGCUGUUGUUUCUUUUUUUGUUAAAUUGAGGUAUCCUGGAUGUAACUUUUGACCCUGUUCCAAUGAAAUGAUCUGAUCUGAGUUGCUUUCAUUGUUCAGAUAAAACAAAUAAACUGGACUUAAAAAUACAGCUGUCAUUCUGAGCAUAAAUUUGUGAGCAAAUAAAACAAUAAAAAAUGAAAGUUCACACUAA